GGGCGCUAUGAGUGCAACGCUUUGACAGACUGUCAAAACAGUGAAGAGAUGUCUCUUUACGACGACGUCCUGAUCGCCGACUCCGACGACAACCAAAACGACGGAUGGGCGCCGCAGACGUCCGGCCGCCGGCUUUUGGCGCAACACUUGCAGAACAAGACGAAAGCGAACCAAAGCAAAGCGAAACCCAUUCGUCGCGAGCCGUCUUCGGCGCCCAAGCCGUUGGAGGUGCCGUUGGCCGCCAUCGCGGCGAUCGCUUCCAUGCAAUACGGGUCGAAGGGCUCGCUUUUGGGCGGCGAGUGGGCCGUCAAUGAGGAGUACGACCCGAUUUGGCCGAACGACUACGAGAAGGCGCGCGAAGACCGCCGCGAAAAGCGCCACAAAGAGCGCAAACCUGCGGCGAAGCGCGCGCUCGGACUCGACUACGAUGACGACGACGACGACGACCCGUCGCCGCCGGAAGACGACAAGAGAGCGGUUCGCGUGGGAGCGGCCAUCGGUUCGUCUUUGUUUGUCUUUCUUUGCCUCCCUUUCACUCUCUCUCUCUCUCUCUCUCUCUCAUCGACAGCUCCGCCCCCUUCGCUGCUGGAAACGCCUCCUCCGUCUGCUGCGGGCGGCGCCUCCGUGGCGGCGAAAAUAAUGGCGCGAAUGGGCUAUAAGGAGGGCCAGGGGUUGGGUCGCGAGGAACAGGGCAUCUCUUCGGCGCUGUCCGUCGAGAAGACGAGCAAAAGGGGCGGAGUCAUUGUGGCCGAGACUCCCGUGACGUCACCGGUCGAGUCGAUCACCGAAAUCAUGAAGACGCCCUCCAAAGUGGUGCAGUUGCGCAAUAUGGUGGCGUCCGGCGAAGUGGACGACCUUCUGGAGGACGAGACCAAAGAGGAGUGCGGCAAAUACGGCGAAGUGGUGCGAGUCGUCAUCUUCGAGGUGACGGAAGCGGACGAAGAGUUUCCGGUUCGCAUUUUCGUCGAAUUCCGUCGAAUGGAGUCCGCGAUCAAAGCUGUCGUCGAUCUGAACGGCCGUUAUUUCGGCGGACGAGUGGUUCGCGCGAACUUCUUCGACGUCGAAAAGUUCAAAAGAUUGGAAUUAAAGGAAUAAAAGCUUUUUAUUA